AUCUUCGUCCACGCACGACCCAUGACAUCUUCGUCCCAGUAGAUCCACAUAUUAGUAGACAGCUUCAUCAUCUUGAAGUAGUCGUCCAGUCACUCCCUGAACCAACAGCAUUGCUACAUCACUCCACCAUACACUCCGCCUAAUAUAACACCACUCCACCUCGUCCAAGGAACCAUCUAAGGACCAUCUAACACUUGAUCUACCAGCACAUCCUCACAGUAUUCGCAAUGGAGGGCUCAUAUCACAUGCACCCCAUGCAGGCCACAUCAGCACCAUUCUUCUACUACAACCCCGAGCCCCAGAGCGAGAGGCCUACUCAGCACGGUCACUUCACACCCCAGCCUGCCGGCCAGCAAGCACUCCAGCAACAGAUGUACUACCAGAGGCCGUCGUCCGCACAGUCAAUGUCCUACCCUCAGACAGCCUACGCCAACCAGAUGAUGACACCCGUAGCAUCGCCACAGCCAAUGUACCAGAAGCCAGCAAUCUUUGUCCACCCGCACGACUCCCCAUUCCUGCAGACACUCGACACUGAUUUCUACGCGCCUGCCACACCGCCGCUGUCGUCUUGCGGUAGCAACAUCAGCAGCCCACCCUCCACAUACGACCUCCUGCCCACACCUGUGAACGCAUUCUUCCCUAGCGAGGGCAUCGAGGGCGUGAAGCAGGGCUGCGAGGGAGAGGUGUUUGCUGAGCUCUUGACCACUGGCAUUGAGUGGAGGUCAGCCACCCCACCUAUGACCCCAGUGUACAUUCAGCCUAGCCAGGGAUCAUACCUGCUUUCCGCUACUUCUUGCCCAUCGCUGUCGCCUUCACCUUCACCGCUUCCCCGCUCUUUCUCCGCCGAGGCCGAGAACAACUUCUGCAACCCCAGGGACCUCACCGUCUCUGCGUCUGAGCAGCUGACUCUCUGCCCCGUCGACGAGGAGCACAAGCUUGUCUUCAAGGGUGAGGUUGCCAAGGUUGAGGAGACUGAGUCCUCUUUCACCUUCACUGGUCUGCCCACUUUCGAACCCCUGUUCGAACUUGAUUGCGAGGACGAUUUCACCGGCCUUGUUGCCUUCCCCACCUCCGAGAUCCAGCUUCCCACCGGCAAGCGUCAGCGCACCCACGAAGAGGAUUUCGUCAGCGAGGCGAGCUUCACCGACUUUGAGGAAGACCUGAGCCUGCCCCUCACUCCUGCCGACAGCGAAGACGACGACAUGUCAGUUGCACCCACGAAGCGAUCCAUGAAGCGGGCGCGCUCUGAGCAGAGCGAGGCGGAGUCAGACUUCAACAGUAAGCAAGACAACUCCGGUGAUGAUAACACCUCAUCUGGAGCAUCAAGCCAACAACAAUCAGGUCACUCGUCAAACGACAACGCUGCCAACUCCAGCUCUGACGAGGCUCCCGCCGUCAGCGUCGCGACCUCUAGCCGUCGCGGCCGCAAGCAGUCGCUGACCGAAGAUCCCUCCAAGACCUUCGUCUGCACUCUCUGCUCGCGCCGCUUCCGCCGCCAGGAACACCUCAAGCGCCACUACCGCUCGCUCCACACUCACGACAAGCCCUUCGAGUGCACCGACUGCGGUAAGAAGUUCUCUCGCAGCGACAACCUGUCCCAGCACCAGCGCACUCACGGCACUGGUGCCAUGGUCAUGGGUGUCCUCGACAGCUCCGACCUUCACCACGACAUGGGCCACCAGCAUGCGGGGUCGUUUGACAACCAGGACCCGGCUAUGAUGGGCCGCAUUCUCUACGACGCUGCUGCCGGCGUCUCCAGCUCCAGCUCUGACACAUACUCCGACCUCGAGCCGUCGUCGCUGAAGAUGCGCAGCAAGAGGAAGCGCGAUGAGUAGACGGGUUCGGCCUUGCUCUUCUCAAUUCUUCUAACGACCCUUUAUGAUCCAGGAUCGAUAGAAGAACCCCAUCAGCUCCGUCUAUCCAGACAAGCGGUACAGUUCACAUUGGCGACGCGGGUAUCUCGGCUCGACGUUGCGGCAAAAGUUCGUCUUCCUUUCUCACCUGUAUUCUUUCGUCA